AUGCAGUUGUUCUCAUUCCCAAAAUCAAUUCCCUCACCCUUCCGUCUGACCCGUAUCCGGGACCUUCCUGCUAAUCUCAACCAGGACACAGUAACCCUGAAGGACCUGCUGGGCGAUCCCCUAAUCUCAGAAUGCUGGGAGUUCAAUUACAUGCAUGACAUCGACUUCCUGAUGUCUGCUUUCGAUGAGGACACACGUCAUCUCGUGAAAGUCCAUGUGGUCCACGGCUUUUGGAAGCGCGAAGACUUGUCACGGGUGACCCUGCACGAGCAGGCGGCGCGGUACCCUAAUGUGGCGCUUCAUGCGGCUUACAUGCCCGAGAUGUUUGGCACACACCAUUCCAAGAUGAUGAUUCUUCUGCGACAUGACGACACCGCGAGGAUCGUCAUCCACACGGCGAACAUGAUUGUCAGAGAUUGGACUAAUAUGACGCAGGCUGUGUGGAUGUCUCCUUGGUUGCCGCUGAUGAAGGGCCCUUCCCAGCAGGAGAACGUCCAUGAGGCGAAGCCGGGGAGCGGAGCGAAGUUCAAGGUUGAUCUCUUGAACUACCUCCGUGCUUAUGAUUCCCGCGGCAGGGAGACCUGUAAGCCUAUUAUUGAAAAGCUGAUGCGGUUUGACUUUUCCGAAGUCAAGGGUGCUCUCAUUGCCAGCGUACCAGGCCGGCAUAAGCUUAAUGACUCCUCGCCCACACGCUGGGGAUGGGCAGCCAUGGAGCAGGCCCUGAAAACAGUCCCGGUGCACCAACAAGCAGAAAUCGCGAUCCAGAUCUCAUCGAUCGCGACACUGGGGCCGACGGAUAACUGGCUCAAGAACACCUUCUCCCGGGCACUCAGCGGCGGGAGAGGGGUUAGCCUUUCACAGCCACCCCCUUCGUUCAAGGUGAUCUUCCCGACAGCAGAUGAGAUCCGCAAGUCCUUAGAUGGCUAUGCUUCAGGCGGCUCGAUUCACACCAAGAUCCAGUCGCCUCAGCAGGUCAAGCAGCUGCAGCAAGCUGACAAAUCUGCCGUCCUUGACUCAGGUCGUAAGCGUGCUGCCCCUCAUAUCAAGACCUACAUUCGUUACGGCAAUAAGUCGCACCAGACGAUCGACUGGGCGUUGUUGACCUCAGCCAACCUGUCCAAGCAGGCCUGGGGAGAAGCGGCGUCGGCACCAGGGGGCAGUAAGGGCAAGUCGACCGCGUCAAGCGGAGACCGGGAGGUGCGGAUCGCGUCGUAUGAGAUAGGCGUGCUCGUUUGGCCUGAGCUAUGGGGAGAGGACGCCGCGAUGAAGGCGACAUUCAUGACGGAUAAUCUGGGCGAUUCUAGAGGAGGAGAAUUCACAGAACAGGAGGGGAAGGUUACCGUGGCACUGAGGAUGCCGUAUAGCCUGCCAUUGCAGCCGUAUGACAAUGCAGAAGUGCCGUGGGUAGCUACGACAAACCAUGAGGAACCUGACUGGAUGGGGCAGGUGUGGCGGGUAGAAUAG